AUGAAGAAAAUAAUCGAUAAUUUAAUUAAUAGAAUCAAUUGUCCUAUUGUGAUAUUGGGUGCUGGUGCAGGUGGUUCACAUAGUGCAUAUCGAUUGGCUUCGUCACAUAAGAAACAAAUAUGUAUAUUUGAUCGAAAUAAUUAUAUUGGAGGACGAGCUUAUGAUCGUGAUUAUAAUGGAAAUUCUCCUGGUGCUUAUGAUACAACUCCAAUAACUGCACAAGGUUCUAUGCGAUUCUAUGAAGUUCAAUCUGUUAUGAAACAAUUAGCAAUUCCAUAUACUGAAUAUGACUAUAAAACUACUAUAAUUAAUGCACGUGGAAAAUCUUAUACAUCAAUUAAUGAAAUGUGUGAUGAAGCUUGUGAUUUCUUAAAAGAUACAUAUCGUUUUCGUAGUUGGUUUAAAAAUAUCAAUGCUUACGCAUUUAUGGAAUAUUAUGAUCACGAUUCAAAAUUAAAUGGUCCAAUCUAUUAUCCAAAUCAAGGCAUGUCACAAUUUCCUAAAAGAAUGAUGUACAAUGCUACUACAUUCUAUGACGCUCGUUUAUAUCUCAAUGAAGAAAUCCUUUCAAUUGAUGAUAUACCUAAUCAAAACUGUUAUCCAUUUGUAAUUGAAACAACUCGAUAUAGUAUUCGUGCUCAACAAAUAAUAGCAGCAAUUGAUCCACUUGGUUGGCAAAGUAUUACUGGUUCGAUUGCAAAUGAUAUAAAAUCUAAUGAACACUUUCAAUCGAUUUUACCUAUCAAGACAGUAACAAUUCAAUGUUAUUGGCCCCAUCGAUGGUGGGAAGAAAGUAAAAUAUAUGGAUCGGAUGUUGAUCGAAUUUGGACAAGACAAAAUUGUAUAACUAUUGCUGAAAUAUUUUCUCAACGUCCAGAACAAAGAUUUCAAAAUGCAACACGAAUAGUUUAUGAUGAUGGUCAAUGUGUUGAAAUGUGGUCAGCAUUGAUUGCACGAUCAUCACAAGAAGAUUUAAUUAAUGAAAUACUUCGAGGAUUACAAUCAAUAUUUACUGAUGUUAGUAUUCAACGACCAACAAAAAUAUUUACGAAAAUAUGGCAAGGUGAUUGGCAUUUUCAAACUGCAAAUAGUCAUAUUACGAAUAGACAAAUAGCUAGUUGGGCUUUAAAUCCACUACCAAGAUUUAAUAGAAAUCAAUUAAGUUUAGUUGGUGAAGCAUUUUAUUUAAACCGAGCAAUUUGGACUGAGGCAGCAGUGAAAUCAUCAUUAAUAUCGUUAACUUCACAAUUUAAUUUUAAAUUCAAUUGUUUUGAAAAUGAUUCUACUACAUCAGGUGGAAGAUUUUGGCCUUCGGAUUUAAUUUAA